UUUUUACUUUCGCUUUUUUACGAGUUUAAAACAACUGAAAAUACAAUUGAAGAAAAUAUAUAGUUAACAGUUAUUUAGAUUGAGCAAUUAUUCUCUACACUAUACAUGUAUUUUUAUCACAUAAACUGAAAUAAGGCGAACAUUAUAGAAUGUUAGCUACCAGGUAAAGGCAGAGCGAGUGUUACAUAUUGAACCCUGCAGUCCAGAGCUUCCAUUUUUAUCCAAAGGUUGCUGCGGGUAUUUCUAGGUUGGCUUUCAGUGUACAUUGACUGUAGGCUACAUUGUACCAUCAAACGAUUGAUACUGUUAAUUCAGUGGCGUGAUGAUUGUACCAGAUAUGUCUUCAUUGUAAUCUACAUGGAUUAACAUUUCCUGAGGACAAAAUUGGCCAACUUCAACAACAGUUUCAAGACAUAUCUGUAACACACAGCAUCCCUGGUUGUGUACAAUGAGAUGACAUGGAUCAAUCUUCCUCUCAUGGUUGUCUUAUGGAGAUUGUGCUGGUGGGGAAAGUUGGAUGUGGGAAGAGUGCUUCAGGAAACACCAUCCUACGAAGGGAGGUGUUUGAAUCAUCAUUUGGUUCCUCAGCUGUGACAAAGACUUGUAAGAGGGAGACAGGUCUGGUGUGUAGGAACCGAGUCACUGUAGUUGAUACUCCAGGACUGGACUGUGCUGAGGUGUCUUCUGAUGAACUUAUCAGGUCCUUGUGGCUGAACACACAUGGGAACAUCAAUGUCUUCCUGCUGGUGAUCCAGCUGGGCAGGUUCACAGAGGAGCAGAGAGCAGCAGUACAAAAGAUGGAAGACAUGUUUGGCGAGAGGGCAAGGGAGUUCACAAUGAUUCUCUUCACAUAUGGAGAUCACUUGAAAAGGACACCGAUAGAGGACUUUCUCCGAAAAGCAGGUGUCCCACUGAGGCAAGUUGUAGAGAAGUAUGAUCACAGAUACCAUGUGUUCAACAAUGAAUCUGGCUCUCCAAGCCAGGUGACAGAACUGUUUCGAAUGAUGAGCAGAAUGCAGACUGUGAUACAAGACAAAGUGUACCACAUUGAUUACUGCAUGAAGAAAUCCUUGAGAAGAAGAAUGUGGUUUGGACAGAGACCAAUGGAGGAGCUGAGGAUUGUUCUGGUUGGUAAGACUGGAGCAGGGAAGAGUGCAUCAGGAAGCACCAUCCUGGGGAGAAAAGCUUUUAAAUCAAAGUUUUCUGCUGUUUCUCUGACAUCAAACUGUGAAAAGGCCAGAGGAAAGGUGGAUGGGCAAAAUGUGGCUGUUAUCGACACCCCAGGUUUGUUUGAUACUACAUUGUCCAAUGACGAGGCACUGAGAAAGAUCGCUCUUUGCAUCUCUCUGUCUGCUCCUGGUCCCCAUGUUUUCCUGGUUGUGAUCAAGCUGGGAAGAUUCACUAAAGAGGAGCAGGAAACGGUGGCAAUCAUUCAGAAACUCUUUGGGGAGGAGGCUUCAAAAUACACCAUGGUUCUCUUCACAUGUGGAGGUGAGGUUGAAGGAAGAACAAUCAAUGCUUUUUUACAAGAGAGUCCAGAUCUUCUGAGAUUGGUUACCAAAUGCCAUAGGCAGUAUCAUGUCUUCAACAACAAAGUCCAGAAUCCCUCUCAGGUCACUGAGCUGCUUGAGAAGAUAAACAAGAUGGUUGAGAUGAAUGGAGGAAGCCACUACACCAAUGAGAUGUUCCAGGAGGCAGAGAGAGAGAUUGAAGAGGAGAAGAACAGGAUCCUGAGAGAGAAUGAAGAGCAGAGACGCAGAGAGAUGGAGGAACUGAAGGCAAAGUUUGAAGGAGAGUGUCUAAGAGAAGAAGAAGAAAAGCUGAGAGAAAACAGGAAAGAGAAGCUAGAAAGAAUGCUGAGAAUGCAAACCGCUUAAGGGCAGGUGCCUUAAUCGGAAUGACUGUGGGAGUAGUUGGAGGCCCAUUUGGUAUGGCAGUUGGUGCGGCAUUUGGAACUUCAGUGGGAGCUGUAGUAAAUGCAUGCAGUUCUCAAUGAGAGUCCAUAACUACAAGAUGUUUGACUUCAUUACUGUACCUUCAUAAGAUCAAUCUGGUUUCUGUUCUGUAUUCAUUAUGUCUAUAACUAAACCCAUCCUGGUUUCUGUUCUGUAUUCAUUAUGUCUAUAACUAUACCCAGCCUCUUUUCAAACUGUAUUGUUGCUCAUUAUUGUUUAAAAUAAUUAAAAUAACAGGAGGGACCAAUCAUGCAACAGGAGCCGUGAUUGGAGGAACA